AUGACGGUGAAAGCCAGGUUUUUGGCUGUGUGCGCAUCCUGUCUUCACUUGCUCCUUGCAGCUCGUGCCAUCAGGGGAAGUGACAUGUGGCAUCUGUGGAGAAGAUGCUAUUUUCCUCCUGAACGUAACCUUGUCUUCCAGAUCACAGUUGGAAAUGAGAAAUUUUUGCCAGGCUGUUGGUGUGAAGAACUGGGAAUUCUUCCAACUCUCCUUGGGAGUGGAAUUUGGUCAGUUCAGAACACCACCACCAUUCCUGGGUCCAAUAUUGCUGUUGUAGAGAUGAGUGAUGCCUUCCGUCAGCCUUCCCUGUUCUACCAUCUGGGAGUCAGGGAGAGCUUCAGCAUGGCUAACAACAUUAUCCUCUACUGUGAUACAAAUGCAGAGUCUCUGCAGUCACUGAAGAUGUGCACUGGUAACUACAUAUUUGUUCCUUAUAUGGUAACUCCACAUAACAAGGUGUACUGCUGUGAUAGCAGUUUUAUGAAAGGACUAACAGAACUGAUGCAGCCCAGCCUUGAGUCACUGCUUGGGCCUAUAUGCUUACCUCUGGUGGAUCGAUUUAUUCAGCUCCUGAAGGUGGCACAGGCCAGUUCAAGCCAGUAUUUCCGGGAAUCCAUUCUGAAUGACAUCAGGAAGGCCCGUACCCUCUACACAGGCAAAGAACUUGCAGCAGAGCUCGCAAGGAUUCGACAGCGAGUGGAUAACGUUGAAGUCUUGUCUGCUGACAUUGUAAUAAACUUGCUGCUGUCCUACAGAGACAUCCAGGAUUAUGAUUCCAUUGUGAAACUGGUGAAAACUUUAGAAAAACUACCUACUUUUGACUUGGCUUCCCACCACCAUGUGAGGCUUCAUUAUGCAUUUGCACUGAGCAGACGAAAUCUGCCUGGAGAUAGACAGAAAGCUCUAGAAAUUAUGAUUCCCCUGGUAGAACAGGAAGACCAAGUAGCCUCAGAUAUGUACUGCCUAGUUGGCCGAAUUUACAAGGACAUGUUUUUGGAAUCUGGUUUCAUAGAUACGGAAAGCAGGGACAAAGGGACGUUCUG